AUGUGUAGAAGUUAUUUAGUUGAUAGCUCUGAUAGAUUGGUUUUACCAGAUAAUGUAAAGCCAGUCAAGUAUGAUGUUCACUUAAAACCAAAUCUCAAAGAUUUUGUUUUUAGUGGUGAAGAGCAAAUUACCCUCAACAUUGUCAAACCAACCAAGUCCAUUGUAAUUCACAGUAUUGAAGUCGAAAUUGCAUCCGUUGAAAUUCUUGGCCAAAAACCAUCAUCAAUCGAAUUCAAUAAAGAAGAGGAAGUUGCUGUUUUCAAUUUUGAUCAAGAAUUACCAGUUACUACCAAUGCUGUACUUUCAAUUAAAUUCACUGGUAUUCUUAAUGAUAAAUUAAAGGGUUUCUACCGUUCACAAUAUAUUGUCGAUGGUGAAGAACGUUAUAUCGCCACCACUCAAUUCGAAGCUACUGAUUGUAGACGUGCAUUCCCAUGUUUUGAUGAACCAGCUCUUAAGGCUGUUUUCAACAUUAAAAUUACCUGCCAAAAAGAACAUAUUGCAAUUUCAAAUAUGCCAGAGACAUCAAUUGUUGAAAAUGGAGAUAACACCAAAACCUAUACUUUCGAUACUACACCAAUUAUGAGUACCUAUUUAGUUGCUUUUAUUAUUGGUGAUUUGGAAUAUGUCGAAGGCAAAACUAAAGGUGGUAUUAGAGUACGUGUCUACAAAGUUAAAGGUAUCAAAGAAUCCGCUGAUUUUGCUCUUGAUGUUGGUGUUAAAGCUUUGGAUUUCUUUAUUGACUAUUUUGAAAUUCCAUAUCCAUUAUCAAAAUGUGAUCAUGUUGCCAUUCCAGAUUUCGCAAUGGGUGCUAUGGAAAAUUGGGGUUUAAUUACUUAUCGUCAAAGUAUUUUAUUAACUUCUGAAAAGACUACUCUUCUUACAAAGCAAGAUAUUGUUGGUGUAAUUGGCCAUGAAUUGGCUCAUCAGUGGUUUGGUAAUUUAGUAACAAUGGAGUGGUGGUCUCAAUUAUGGUUAAAUGAAGGUUUUGCAACUUUUAUGGGUUACCUUGUUACAGAUUAUUUAUUCCCAGAAUGGAAUGUUUGGUUAGAAUUUUCACAAUCAUAUAGAAAUGAAGCUCUUCAUUUAGAUGCCCUUGAAAGCUCCCAUGCUAUCGAGGUACCAGUUCGUUCAUCAUCACAAAUCAAUGAAAUUUUCGAUACUAUUAGUUACAACAAAGGUUCAUGUGUUAUUCAAAUGUUAGAAAAACGUUUUGGUGAUUCAUUCAGAAAAGGUCUUACUCAUUACUUAAACAAGCAUUCAUACAUGAAUACCAAAACAGAAGAUCUUUGGGAAUCAAUCUCUUUAAUUUCAGGUGUCGAUGUUAAAGCUUUUAUUGAUAACUUCACCAAAUAUCCAGGUUAUCCAGUAGUUAGUAUUAAAGAAACAUCAAACGGUACCUAUGAAUUAUCUCAAAAGAAAUUCAGAGUUCAAGGUGAAGAAAAACCAACUGACCCAAUUUGGAACUGUUUCAUUAAAUUCCAAACUGACAAAGGAUCAUACGAUUUCACUUUAACUAAGAAAUCAGAUACUUUUACCAUUCCAGAUUCAAAUCCAAAUGGUUGGAUCAAACCAAACUAUGGUCAAACUGGUUACUUUAGAAUCGCUUAUACCCCAGAAAUCAUCAAAGGUUUAGAACCAACAAUUUUAUCAUUACAAUUACCAGCUCCAGAUCGUUUGGGUCUCUUAUCUGAUGUCUACAACCUUUGCAAGAGUGGUGCCACUCCAAUUUCAGUCUUUAUGAAUUUGGUUACCUCUUACAAGAAUGAAAAAGAAGCUGAUGUUUGGAACUUCAUUAUGAUUUCAUUAAACGAAAUCAGUGACCUUAUUUCUGAUCAAGAUUACUACACUCAAUUCAAUAAGAUUUUCAUUGACCUCUUAAAACCAACUUCAUUAAAACUUGGCUUUGAUACAAAACCAAGCGAUUCAUCAAGUGACACUUUACUCCGUGGCAAGAUUAAUGGUAAGUUAGGUGCUUUGGGUGAUAAAGAUAUUGUUGAAGAAUCAAGAAAGAGAUUUGAACUCUAUGAAAAAGAUCAAUCAUCUUUAGAUUCAAAUAUUCGUAGUUGUGUUUUACUCACCUAUGUCAAAAAUGGUGGUGAAGCUGAACAACAAAAAAUCAUCGAUCUCUACCGUAAAACUACUGAUAUCGCCGAAAAAUUAGCUUUGCUCGUCGUUAUUCCAUUCUCACCAAAUGAAGCUUUAGUUAGAAAAGCCCUUGAAUUCUCAAUUUCAAAAGAUGUCAGAAGUCAAGAUUCAUAUGCCCUUUGGAGAGUACCAAAUACUUAUAAACCAGUCGUUUGGAAAUAUUUAACAGAAAACUUUGCCAAAAUCAAUGAAAUCUUUGGUGAAAGUGGUUUAUUCCCAUAUAUGAUUUCAUUCUCACUCACAUCAAAAAUGAGUGAUGAACAAUACAAAGAAGUUGAAAACUUUUUCAAAGAACAUCCAGUACCAAUGGCCGAUCGUUCAAUUAAAAACGAUUUAGAAAAAAUUCAAAACAAUACAAUUUGGUUUAAUUCAUUCAACUCUGAUUUAUUAAAUUGGAUCAAGAAUCAUUAAAUUAAAUUUUAUAAUUAGAAUCAUUUAGUUUAAAUAAACCUUUUCCUUUUAUUCAUUAAUU